AUGUAACAAAUGUGAGGUUGGUUGGUGGUAACAGUCCUUGUGCUGGUAGAGUGGAGGUUCUUCAUAGAGGUCAGUGGGGAACAGUGUGUGAUGGUUAUUGGGAUAUGGCUGAUGCUGCAGUGGUGUGUAGAGAGCUGGACUGUGGAGAACCUGUAGAUGCUCUGGGUGGUGCUCAUUUUGGGCAAGGAUCAGGACCAAUCUGGAUGAGUGUUUUAAUAUGUACAGGAGAAGAGUCCACAUUAAAGAACUGUGGAUCAGCAGGGUGGAAUAAACAUGCCUGCACUCAUAAUCAUGAUGCUGGAGUCAUCUGCUCAGAAUUUAAAGAGAUCAGGUUAACUGAGGGCUGUGAAGGGAAUGUGGAGGUUUUCUACAAUGGAUCCUGGGGUAAUGUGUGUUACAACAAGAUGGACAGAGACACAGCGAGUCUGAUCUGUCAAGAGCUGAUCUGUGGAAGAUCUGGUGUUUUGUCUGACUCUACAGCAAGAGUGAAAUCAGCUCCUAACUGGCUAGAUAAAGUAACAUGUCGACCACAUGACUCAACUUUGUGGCAGUGUCCAUCUUCACCCUGGGGACAGAAUGACUGUGGUGACGAUGAAGUGGCCAAAAUCAUCUGCUCAGAACAGGAGAUCCAUGAGUCUCCUCGAAGCUCUCUGACAUGCUCCACAUCUCCCCAUCAGAGACAGUGUUUGGAUCUUGUUCCUCUCAGACUGAGUGGAGGGGAGGGCCAGUGCUCUGGGAGGCUGGAUGGAUAUCAUAACGCUGUGUGGGGCUCAGUCUGUGAUGAUCAGUGGGACAUCAGCGAUGCUCAGGUGGUCUGCAGGCAGCUGGGUUGUGGAGCAGCACUGAGGGCUGAUGGGAAUUCAGUCUUUGGUGCUGGUGAAGGUGUUGUGUGGAUGAACAGAGUCGAGUGCAGAGGGAAUGAGAUUCACCUGUGGGACUGUCUGUCCUCUCUGAAAAACCACACUGACUGCUCCCACAAAGAGCACGCUGGACUCACCUGUGCAGAUUUGCCAGAUUUGUCAGUGUCCUCUACUCCUGCCACAACAACAUCAGCUUCUCCUCCAGUUUCUCCUCCAGUGCGCUCAACAUCAGUCUCUCCUCCACAAACUCCUGAAGCAGCGUCUCUCUCUGUCCCCCCAGUGCUUGUGAUUGUACUGGGAGUUGUGCUCUUACUGCUCUUAGUGCCACUGCUUAUACUGAUUCAGCAGAACAGAGUGAUGAGGAGAGCUCUCUCUAAGAGGAGACACAGGACGACGACUGAGGCCGUUUAUGAGGAGAUUCAGCACAGACCCACUAACAGACACAGUCUCUUCACUCAGAGAGGAAGUGUCCUUUCUGAAGAACAGCAUUCUGGGUAUGAAGAUGCUGAUGAGCUUCUUUCAGAUGACUUACCAGAAAACUAUGAUGAUGUCGUCAUUAUAAGACAGUUCUCCAAUGAUAACAAUGAUAAGGGAUUCAAUUUACACCCUUCUAGAUUGGAACAGGAUUUUUAA